ACAGCUCGUUCCAAUGACUUUGCUGCUUGCCAUUGACUCCCUGCCUCACAAUUUUACAUCACCGUGCACCUAUCCUUCUGAAGUUAAGCACCCCCCGCAGAAGCAUACCACACGGGACACCCCUCAUCAUCCAUUUCCUAGCUUAAAUCCCGAAGCACCUUAUUCAUCUAUUCCGCCACAUCCUUCUAAAUCUCAGCUGCGUACCAUUUAUCGUUCCGCUUCAGCCGACACUAGUAUGGGGGCGGAUGGCAAGGACAAGAAUUUUCUGGCACAGGCGCGCUCUUACAAGAUAUCAAGGCCCAUGGCUUUGAAACCAUGGCGCCGAGCUCCCCCAGUGCAAAACGUUGGUGAACGAUCGUCGAAAAAAGCACGAGUUUUUGGGAAGAAGUCAUCAAUGGGGUCGUUACGCACUGCAGCGACCCAUAACAAUCCUCCUAAUGCGGCAAUCUCGGCAAUUCCUGGGCCUUCAUGCACGUCGUCUUCCACUUCCUUACUCCCAGCCACCAUGGGGUCGGAUUCGGCUGAAGAUAUCAAAGAACCGAGCGCGCCAUUUGAUUGGGAGGUCGAUCUCGACCCAAAGGACACAUUUAUAGAAAAGAAUAGGUGGCGGAUACGAAGCAACACAAAGUUGCAUCCCUACGCUUUAGAGGAGGCUCCUUAUAUGCAGUCAUACGGGUCUACGCCCCUUCGAAGUGACUACUACACGGAUAUCCUACUGCAACGCUUGCUCCCUUCCGGAUCGCCGACUUUUCAUGACUAUAGUAAACAACGUUCGCCGGCGUCCGUGCUUGACUUGGGGUGCGGCCCAGGACACUGGAUGCUCUAUGCUGCAGACCUCGUCGACGUUACCCUUCCUGAAGUUGCGACAACGGAAAAUAUCCAAUUCCGUCGUGGCAACUUCGUCGAAUAUGGUCUACCCUUUCCCGAGAAAUCAUUUGAGCUUGUCAGAAUGGCCAACCUUGCACUUUGCAUCCCUUAUGACAAAUGGCCGCGUCUCCUUGUCGAAGUCCGGCGUGUGUUGACCCCUUGUGGUAGACUCGAGUUAAUCGACGACCAGGUCUUCUUUCCUUACGGCAGUCCCCCAACGCACGGACAAUCUGGGGAUAACUUGUACGCUCCUGUGGAUUUUGACUUGGAAGUCGAUGGGUUUGACGAGGCCGAUGAAAUCUCGGAUAGCGAUGAAUGGGCGGACGCGAACUCGACGUUUAUGAGCGACCGAGAUUCGGUUCACUCUUCGUCCAACGACGCGCAAGUGAUUUCCCCCGCGGCGACCUUGACUCAAAAUAACCCAAAUGAAACACCCCUUCCAACGCCGACCGUGCAACCUGAGGAGUCUGAGCUCUCCAUUUGGGCAUCCCGCGCAGCAAGUUCUCGCCACAUCGAGACAAUAUUCGAAAGAAUGCUGGGGGAGAAGUACGGCAUGCACCCACGACCCUCCGAGUUCAUCCUCGACCUCUUGGAGGACAUUUUUGGAACUGGCCGCACAAAGAAAAUGAACAGUUAUCACCUCAAAAUUGCCCCUUUUGACCCCUCUGUCAAUGAGGAAGUUGUCGACACAAAGGAUGGAUUGGGUCCCAGCUUGGCUUCAAAUCUUGGUCUUUCAAAAGCAAAGGAGAUGUGGAAAGCAAACAAGCGAGACAGGAAGAGGAGGAGGAAAAGACAGAAAGCAGUUCGUGCAUGCAACGGCGAACUAUCAUUUCCAGAUGUAGAUCUGCCCGAUCCAUCGGUUAUUACACCAAAGCUUGCAGAGCUCCUAGGGAUCGCCUAUACAGGAGCCCCGAUAUGUGACAUCCCCCCUCCCGCGACCCUGAAUGCCAAAGCUGCUGCUCGCCUUGGGAUACCAUAUUCCGCAAUCCCUAUCUCGAGAAACACUUCGAGCGACAGUGAAAGCAGCGGCGAUCGUUCGAGUUUAGAAGGCCCCCCGCUCCCGCCAAAAGAUGCGCGUUAUUUGGAAACAGGCCCGAUAGUUCCGUGCUCACCUUCGACGGAUACUAGCAGCAGUAGGAGCUGCGGCAGCAGCAGCGAACGUUCAAGUUUGGACACCCCAGCCACCCAAUCACCAGUCUUAAGCAUGAAAGCCGCUGAUCGUCUGGGUAUCUCCUACUCGGACCUUGCAGCUGCGGCCUCGGACCCCAGCCUGGUCCCAUCCCUUCCGAUAAAGAAUACUUUUCAGCCGUCCGGCUUGCUCCUCUGGCCAAAAACAUAUAUUCCUCUCUCGCCCGACGAGCUGGAGAUGCAUUGCACCAAGCAUAUCCAUUUAUUGCUCGGUUGCAAGCAUGGCCUUAUAGAGUUUAUGACUGCUCACCUUGAUGAGCAUGGGGAGAGGAUCGCGAGUGAUGACGAAAUAUAUGAUUGUCUGUGGGAUUAUGAAUGUUUCCGUCGGACUCGUUUCAAUUGGCCUUUGGGGUCUUUACACCACUCUGAGAAUGAAUGGGAAUCAGACCAUUUUAUUCCCUCGAGCUCCAGCUCACUGGGUGUCCCUGAACAAACCUCAAACCACUCGCGAAACCUUUCAGACGCAUCCAUUGAAAUCAUUCAUUCCAUGGACCUAAACCAUGUCCGGUCAAUUCACGUCUUUGAAGCUCGAAGAUUCGACGGCAUACUAGACUGA